AGGUGCGUUGGAACGAAAGCCUGCAUGAUUGAAGACAUGACCACUGCUUUAACGUAACAUAGGAACCAAAUGUUAGAAGGAACAGAAUAGCCGGAAGAUAUUUAGCGAUGCACUCGCCUUCGGCACUGGGAAGAGUUCCCUUUUGUUUUGGGUCAGCUCGGGUUCAUGUUUUAGCUUAGAUAGCAGGGCUGUGCGAUUUCUCAGACACCCAACGAGACGGUUAUUGUUUUCUAACGAACACCAGGAGCGGAUUUACACAGCUGCGAGUGUUAUAAAAGAACGUUUUAUUAGCUAGUUCUUUAGCUAGCUAGGAUUAGCAUCACCAGGGAUGGGGAGAUAUUUAGAUAUUUACACGGAUAUCUGAUUGAAUUAAUCCCUCGCGGAUUGAGUGUGUAUUUUCUGUUCUGUUUCACCGAGACUCGGCUGUCUGAACGGGAACCGGUCCUGAUCUUCCCAAUGGGCGAGGAGAAGCCGGAGACGCUGGAUUUCGUGAAGGACUUUCAGGAGUAUCUCAGCCAACAAACCCAACAUGUGAAUAUGAUCUCAGGCUCCGUCAGCGGUGUGAAAGACACUGAGGACGUCCCGACAGAUCUGGGACAUAAUGGCCUGGACCAUCCACCAGUGGACAUUUCUCUGGAGGACGGGUCCAACAUGCUGGUGGACGGUUUCGAGAGGACGUACGACGGGAAGCUGAAGUGUCGUUACUGUAACUACGCCACCAGAGGAACGGCGCGGCUCAUAGAGCACAUCCGCAUCCACACGGGUGAAAAGCCUCACCGUUGUCAUCUUUGUCCUUUUGCCUCGGCCUAUGAGCGCCACCUGGAGGCCCACAUGCGCUCUCACACUGGCGAGAAACCGUAUAAAUGCGAGCUGUGCGCGUUCCGCUGCAGCGACCGCAGCAACCUCUCGCACCACCGCCGCCGACGCCACAAAAUCCUCCCCAUCAAGGGCACCCGCUCAGCCCCUCCUUCCCACCGCCGUACAAUCUCAGCGCUCUCCAAACGGGGCGGGGCUUUCGCGUACGGCCGCCGCAUCCUUGUCGACCUAGGCCUGCACAGGAAAAACGACACGGAUGACAGCGGUGGCGCUAAUGACGAGAGUCGUGACCUGCACAGUCCCUACGUCAGCAUGGCCACGAAAGACGCAGAGAAAACGAACGAUUUGGAACACAACCCGCUCAAUCAGCUCUCCGCUUUGGCAGGGCAACUUUCCAGCCUCCCUUCGGAGACGCCGGCUUCCCCCGGCGCGGACUCCCUACCCGAAGAAAAACCCUCUUUUCUCAUACAACCUUCGGCUGCCAUUUCCAGCAACGUCUCCUGUCCCAUCGUGACGCUCACAUCGACGCCGGACAUUCGGGAUGCGGCCCACGGGGGGCAGUGCAGCGACCGGACGAGCACGCCAAGUAACAGUGGCACUAACAGUCAGCCAGGAACGCCGAACCCGAGCCACGAGCCGCAGCUGCUCCAGCACUGCCCCCACUGCCACAUCUACUUCCCCGAUAACGUCCUCUACACCAUUCACAUGGGUUGCCAUGGCUACGAAAACCCUUUCCAGUGUAACAUUUGCGGCCACAGGUGCAGGAACAGGUACGACUUUGCCUGCCACUUUGCACGAGGACAGCACAAACAGUAAAUCUCUGGAACUCUGACGAGUCCGGGCGUUUUUCCAUUCAGCGUUACUGUAGGAUUUCGUAGUCAUGUACAGAUAUGGGAAAUGAGACACAUUCAGUGAAGGACACACCGAUGACUCUCAUUCCAUAUAUGCUAAAAAAAUAACAAAAAACAAAACAUGGCAGCUGGUCAUUCCACUUCCGGGAUGAAGCAGCACGGUCCAAUCAGACGAUCGGAAACAGGAAGUGUGUGCUCAGAAUGUUUUCACGGGACCAGUGUGGAUGGCAUGUCAGUUUUUCCACCAUGACUUCGUACGUAUUGACUGAAAUCGCUCACGUGAUCACGUACGUUACUGCAGAACGUCUCUUACUGAUGUACCCACCACUGGGUUUCACUUUAAAAUCCAUGUUUUGGUUUGAACUGCAGUCACGAAGUAUGCAGGAUUGUGUUUUGUAAAAAAACAAACAAACCCUAAACACUUCACUAGAGGGCAGGACACGCACGGAGGAUCAGGAUGGGACCGGCUGGGGUACCACUUCCUGUUUUCUCCUCCACUCACGAUGCUAGUAUGUAGGAUACCAAGAAGGAGCGCAGAUCAGAAUAGAAAAAAAACACAUGCUAAGUAAUUUAUAUCUCGUUUUUUUUCUCCUAUUUUAUCCUCUUUGUAAGAAGUUCAAGAUGUGAAAUUUUUAUGUACUUUGUGUAGAUUUUUGUGGAUUUUUUUUUUUUUUUAUCAGGCAGCUACUGAACACCCACGCCUCCCUGAUCUAGCUCACGAUGUGAACUAUGAUUAUAAGUAUUGAAUACAGGGUGCAUGAUAUUGUUACGGAGCUUCUGAGGGUUGCAGAUGAUGGUAGUGAAGGACGGUAUGGUGAUGACAUCGUAUGCUGUGAUUGAAAAGUUGAGGUAUUUAUCGUGGUAUGAAAGUAAAUCGGCACACGGCUAGUAUUGUACGGACGAAUGAAGUUGUGUUCAGCUGUAAAACCCAAAAGUUUUUAUUUUUGUUAAAGCGACGGUUCAACAAAAUGUCCGCAAAUGUCCACGGUGUCUGCUUUUACCAAAGAUGUAGUCGAUCAUUUGCUGGGAAGUGGUGGCUCAGUGGUUACUGCACUUGGUUAUCGAUUAGAAUGUUGGGAGAUCAAAUCCCAACACUACUACGCUUCCAUUGUUGGUUCUCGAACAAGACCGUUCACUCUCAACUGCCCAGUUGUAUCCCUUCCCAAAUAUAAGGCACUUUGAUGUCUGAAGUUUAAAGUCGUUCUUUUUUGCACCGGCUCCAGCUAGCCAACAUGUAACAGAACCUUAUAGACUCCAGUUUAUCAUGGUGCGCUAAAUGUACGUGUCUGAAUUAUCAAACCGUGGCGUCGCCUUCAUCUUCUUGCUGAUUGCUGAUGUGGUUUCUUCCACCAGCUUGAGGGAUUUUCUGAAAGUCCUCCACCAGCCUCCUGUACUCUGUAUUCUGCAUGGUUUCCACUGUGGGUGCACCCUGCGAUGGAGUAGGCACCAGAGAGUUCUGCAAACUGGUGGUGCUCUGGAAGUCUGGAGAAGUGAGACGAUGGUUCCCCAUGGGGAUUGCCAGCACUCCUGACACACGCUACCACUUCUGUAGCCUUACAAAUGGCUGCCUAGAUGGUUCACAAUGCAUCUCCCCUGUCAGGAAAGCAGGAUACUGUUGAAGGUACUGGAGAAACCAAAGAGCACGAUCCUGACAGCCUUCUUAAUACACCAAAAAAAUCUACAACCAGUUCUUUUGUCUUGUAUUUGGUGAGCUGGAGGUGCUUUUCCUUACACCACAAGAGUACGUUGUACUCUGACUUGUCUCCAUCACUGGAGGAACCCCGGUGUUGCUCUAAACUGCCUCUGACACACACUUCUUGUGCCUCACAAAAUGUGGCCUGUUGGUCUGAUGGUUUGCAAUCCUGGAGACUGUAGGGACAUCAAGUUUGUUCCUCAGUCUGAGAGGCAGAAUGGUGUUGAAGACAAUAGAGGACUCUUAGACAAGGUCUCCUUAACAUACCAAAAAUCCAGGACCAGUUCUGUUAUCUUGCUGUUGAUGAGCUGCAGGUGCUUUUUCCUGCACCACAAGACCUCCACCAACCUUCUGUAAAUUGCUGCUUAUCACUGAAUAAUUCUGUUGCCUCAAAAAUGGUGGUCUGAUGGUUUGCACUACAAGAUUCCGUAGGGGAAUCAAAUUUGUUCCCCAGUUGGAGAGGCAGGAGGUGAUAUCAGAGAACAUGAUCCUAAUAAAUGGUUAACUUUUAUUAUAUAACAAACUUAUAUAGCACCUUUUAACCUUAGCGGCUCUACAAAGCACUUUACGCUGUUUCUCAUUCACACACACACUCGCACGCAAGGCGCUGGCCUGCCAUCGGGCGCAACUUCAGCUUGCGCAAGGACAAUUUGGCAUGUGGGCCAGGGAUCAAUCCGCCAACCCUGUGAUUAGUGGACAACACGCUCUACCACCUGAGCCACAGCCGCCCAUAAUAGUGGCUCAUUAAGGCAUGUAGGUCAUCCUCCAUCUGUAACUGUAGAAGGUCAGUCAGUACAAGGUCCUUCACAAAGUCCUUACAAUCCACUACCACUUCCUUUGUCUUGCUUUUCCCUGCACAACAAGAUCUCCACCAGCCUCCUGUUCCCUGCACCCUGACUUGUCUCCAUUGGGGAUACACGCUACCAUGGAGGAUCCAUCAGAGAUCUUCUGCAGGUACAAAAUGGUAUGGUUCUGGAAGUCAGGAUGAUUGCCUGUCCUGCCUGCUGCCACCCUUAGCACGUAGUUCUGGUGCUUCACAUACGGUGGCCAGUUGGUCAGAUAGUCUAUGAUCCAGGUCACUGUAGGGGUAUCGAGUUUGUUCCCCAGUCAGAGGUGGCAGAAAUCACAGAACAUAGUCCUGACAGUGGGUCUGUAGAGCGUGUAGAUCAGAUCAUUCACCACACCCAUGUGGGCCAAACUGUACGAGGUCCUGAUGACCCAGGAACAAAGGUUCUGAGGACAAGCACCUCAAAGAUCUUCAUUCUUAAUUAAUUAAGUUAUUAAUCUUUUUGCAGUUAGUGGACAAUGUCUGCGUGUUAGCUACAUUAUCCUGGACGCAAAUUUGUCAUCAAACAUGUCUUGGCUGAUCAUCUACAUCUUGAAAGGACACUGUGGACAUUUAAAUUUUUUAAUUUUUUAAACUAUUUUAUAUUUGCGACAGUCUGCUUAGGGGUUUAACUUUAGCUUGCGUUUAAUCUGUGCUAGAUUUAGGUAAAUGGUGCCUGAAAUAAUUUCAUAUACCAUUUUGAUUUGACACAAUUUUUUUUAGGUGGAGUGUGGCCUUCCUGCUGAUUCUGUAGAUUUAGAAGCAAUUAUGACAAGUCUUAAAAACCCAGAGGUUAAGUGAACAAUUAAUAGGUGUUUAUUUUUAUUAUUAUUAUUAUUAUUAUUAUUAUUAUUAUUAACAAACAGCAUACUUUGGAGACACUCACCAUUCAUUCAUCAUUACUGUCCUGGUGGUUCUGCGAAACAUUUCAUCACAGGUCAUCGUCUCCACCCACAGAAGAAUCAAAUUGGGGUGCAAGCUGAAAUCCAGUUUGGUUUCUAAUGCGCCCUUGUCCACUUCUGAUCAGUUUAGUCCUCUUGGAUACAGUUGCAAUAAUAAAACACUGAGUGUUGGGUUUUGGCUAAACGACCCAGUGGUGUCCAGUUUUGUAACAUAACUGUAUGCUAACUAUGUAUUGAUGGUUUCCAUAGAAACAACCUCCUCCCUCUGGCCAAUUUUACAUGUGGAACUAAGGUGUCAUUAGCUGCAAGUCAGAUGUGCGUAUUCAUCUUCAGUCUGUAUCGUUACCUCAGAAACUAAGCUCCGCCCCCUGAGAUGAAGUGUUGGUCAACUGGCCAAUCAGGAUAGAGAGUUCAGAAUGCUGGGACUCAACCCCAAGGUUUUACUUUCCACCCAGAGCUAACGGUGCAACCUAACCGCCAUCACUUACUACUUUAAGCGCUGGUCAUUGCUAACACGUACACAGUCACCUCAAACAAUGUACCUUCUGUGUGUGUCUCUCUCUCUCGCACUCUCUCUCUCUCUCUCGCACUCUCUCUGAUGUGCCAUGCUGUAAAUGUUACCUGUAAUGUUUGUGGUGCUCUACAUAACACAUCACACUUCAUUUUAUUUCAUAUGAAACCUCUAAUCUGAACGAGGAUGUAUUGAAACUGCUCUUCUGGUGACAUUGGUGUUAAAUGUUAAUAAAUUAAAAUGGUGUCCCCGUG